UGAGCAAUUAUCUAGUUUACCUUCUCCUCUUGGAAGUUAACGAUUGGCGAGAUCUUGGCUGCGUUAUUGACACAACACUUUCUAUUGAUAGAAAUAAGUAGUGAUUGUCCCCGAGUCGUUGGUGCGCCAAGAACUCUGCGAUGGGCUGGCAGGAGUCCAUUGGGCUGGGCAGGCAGGUUCGGCUGGUGAUGCUGGGGAGGAGGAGGAAGAGGCUGCUGGUGGUGAUGGUGCCCGUCCCCCUCUCCGCAGGUCUGUGACAAGCAGGGAACAAGGCAACGACGGCGCAACCCGGCCCCGGCUGACGACGGACGCUGGCGACUCCGACAUGGACAGUAGCUGCCACAACGCGACUGCCAAAAUGUUAGCGACUGCUCCGACCCGGGGCAACGUGAUGAACACCUCCAAACCCUUGGCUUUCUCCAUCGAAAGAAUCAUGGCACGCACCCCCGAGCCCAAAGCCCUGCCCGUCCCCCACUUCCUGCAGGGAGCCGUGCCCAAAGGGGACCCCAAGCACUCGCUGCAUCUUAACUCUUCGAUCCCCUGCAUGAUCCCCUUCGUGCCUGUGGCGUACGACACGAACCCCAAGGCGGGGAUGACGGGCGCGGAGCCCCGAAAGGCGAGUCUCGAGGCUCCGGGGGCCCCGGCCUCAGCACCCGCGGCGCCCGCGUUCAGCUGCAGCGACCUGCUCAACUGCGCGCUGAGUCUCAAGAGUGACCUGGCCCGCGACGCGCUGCCGCUGCAGCAGUACAAGUUGGUAAGGCCGCGGGUGGUCAACCAUUCCUCCUUCCACGCCAUGGGCGCCCUGUGCUACCUGAACCGAGGUGACGGCCCGUGCCACCCGGCGGCCGGCGUCAACAUCCACCCGGUGGCCUCCUACUUCCUCAGUUCCCCUUUGCACCCGCAGCCAAAAACGUAUUUAGCCGAAAGGAAUAAACUGGUGGUCCCGGCGGUGGAGAAGUACCCCUCGGGAGUAGCUUUCAAAGACUUGUCUCAGGCUCAGCUGCAGCACUACAUGAAAGAAAGCGCCCAGCUUCUGUCGGAAAAAAUAGCAUUCAAAACCUCUGACUUCAGCCGAGGCUCUCCUAACACCAAGCCCAAAGUUUUCACUUGCGAAGUGUGUGGAAAGGUCUUUAACGCGCACUAUAACUUAACCCGUCACAUGCCGGUGCACACAGGAGCCAGACCCUUCGUUUGCAAAGUGUGUGGAAAGGGCUUCAGGCAAGCCAGCACCCUGUGCAGACACAAGAUCAUUCACACCCAGGAAAAACCCCAUAAAUGUAACCAGUGUGGCAAAGCGUUUAAUAGAAGUUCUACUUUAAACACGCAUACCCGAAUACACGCAGGCUACAAACCGUUUGUGUGUGAAUUCUGUGGCAAAGGAUUUCAUCAAAAAGGGAAUUACAAAAACCACAAGCUGACCCACAGCGGGGAGAAGCAAUUCAAGUGCAAUAUUUGCAACAAGGCUUUCCACCAGGUUUACAACCUCACGUUCCACAUGCACACCCACAACGACAAGAAGCCCUUCACCUGCCCCACGUGCGGCAAGGGCUUCUGCCGGAACUUUGACCUCAAGAAGCACGUCCGGAAGCUACACGACAGCGGCCUCGGGCUGCCGCGCCCGUCGGCUGGGGAGCCAGGUGCGGACCCGUCGCCCCCUCUCCAGCCGCCGCCGCCGCCCGCGACGCUCCCGCCUCUGCCGCCGCCGCUGCCGCCCCCGGGGCCCCUGCAGCCUGGGCUCCAUCCGGGCCACCAGUGAUCAAGGCCAAAGUCUCUUCCCCGCCCCAGCCGGGGUCCUCACUCCCGAAGCAGCUGGCGGAAUAGAGCUGGACCUCUCUACCCAAACUCGUCUGUAGAACCCAGGGCAUGUUGGGCCCCACGCGUUAGCGCCAACCAGAAGCCUCUGAAUUCCCCGGUCUUUUCGCCUCUUGCAUGCACCUGCUACAUGGUUUCGUGUAUUAUAUGCUAUAUAGGCACUAACAAUUAUGAGAAAACUUGGGGGUUUGUUUGUGUUCUGAUUUUUUUUUUUAAUUUGGAAAGACUUUCAUCUCGGGUGGAGAGAUGUUGUUUCUUUUGUUUUUUAAAACAAAUUUUCUGCUGUAUUUAUUGAGAUAUGUAUUAUCCUACGCGGGCUUGCUGCAACCGUUUUAAUUUUAUUAUUGUAUAUAUUCCCAUUGUGUUGAUUCUGCAAUCUCGAGAUGCCUGCCGAUUGUUUAUUACCAUUUUCUUUCCCUGAGGUCAAAAACAAACUCUGUGUGUAUGUUAUAUAUACACGCAUAGAUGUGUGUGUGUCUGUUAAGACACAUGCCACAUUCAUAAGCGCACAUGCACAUAUGCACACAUACACGUUAGAUAAGGGUGGUUCAUAAUGGAUGAAUUUGAAGUUGAAAUUUUGGUUUUGAUUCUUGCACGUGAAAACUGCUUCAUUGACCUUUGGAAAUAAAUCCUUGGAACAUGCUUAUUUAAUCAACAACCUUCAGGGUUCUGUUGCUGUUUUUCAGCUAAAGAUCACUGA